AUGGGUAACAGCGGACUUACAGGUCAACCAGCGACAUUAAGUGAUGAAGAAAUCGCUGCACUUAAAGCUAGUACAAACCUUAGUGAAGAAGAAAUUCGAGAUAUGUUUAAUGAAUUUAACAAAGGAGGUGGAGCAGGUGAUGGAAAAAUAACUAAAGAAGAAUUUCAUAAAUAUUAUAAAAAAACUGUUGGAUCUGAUGAUGCAGAUGGAAUCUUUGCUGAUAAUACAUUUGCUGCAUUUGAUACUAAUCACGAUGGUUCAAUUAGUUUUAGUGAAUUUACUUUUGCUAUUUUGGCACAAAAUAAAACUGAUUUAGAUAGUAUACUAAGUUUCUCAUUCGCGUCAAUAGAUAUAUCGGGUGAUGGAAAUAUUAGUUUCGAUGAAUUGAAAGGUUAUUUGGAAAAAGCGGCAAUAUUGGCAAUAGGUAAAGAAGAAGCAGCAGAAAUCGAUUCAGAUGAAGUUGCUCUAAUUAAUUUUAUUGCUUUAACAGCGGAUCUACCAAUGCCUAUUCAAUUCUAUCGUACUAGCUUCGUUAAUCCAGCAACGGCAGCUUAUUGUACAUGGUGGACAUUCUUCGAAUACAGUUUAAAUUUAAUAAGCGAGCUUUUAAUGGCUGUCAUUUCUAUUCAACGACAUAUAUUUGUAUUUCAACCGCGUCUAUUUGAUCAUCGCUUAAAACGUUAUAUAAUAUACUACUUACCUCUGUUGUUUUGUGUAGUUUAUCCAUUCAUAUUUUAUCUGAUUAUUAUUGUGUUCUAUCCAUGCGAUGGCACUCAAUGGGUUUUUUCAUCGAAUUUAUGUGGCUAUGCAAAUUGUUAUCUUGUGUAUAAUAAGGUGUUAACUUCAUUUGCUUGGGCAAUGAAUAAUGGUCUGCCAAGUGUUACUAUUUUUCUAGCUAAUGCAAUGCUAGUGAUUCGAGUGGUUCAGCAGAAACGCCGUCGACAACGACUUAUCUCCUGGAAGAAACAAAGACAUAUGACAAUGCAGUUACUAGGUAUAUCUAGUCUCUACAUGAUUGCAUGGAUUCCGUGUCUUAUAGCUGGUGUUGGUCAGCGUAUAGUUUCUCCAAACUUCCUUCUUCAAAUUCAAUUCGAUUACUUUCUCGAUCUCAUAUAUAUUGUUUGUUUAUACUUGCCUUGGGCAUGUUACGGUUUUCUGCCUGAAUGUCAUAAAUGGUUUUACAAAGUAUUUCGUGUUGAACAAGUUACACGGAAUGUUAUUAGACCUACAGUACGAGACUAG